AUGGAGUUUGGAAACCUACAAUUUAGCCUACCAGGGAUUCAAGAGCAGGGCCUGCGCAUAAAAGAUGCAUGGACUCAGGUCAACGCUGGGCGAACGAACUCAAUGCCGGUUCCCCCGCACAGCGAGCAAUCGUGCCCCAGCAGAUUAGCGACACACACAUGCGAACAUGCGGCGCAUGACGGGAUUGGAGCCGUGGAUGGCACUUGGAUGCUCAGGUACUUAUAUCUCGUGCCCAGAUUUGUGGCCUUCACCUGCUUCAAGCCGGCGUCUGAGGGCGGGCACCUGCAGCUCUUCGACAAUGGCAAGAUUGCUGAGGAGUUGCCGCUGCUGGUGCAGAAGCUGAAGCAGCACGAGGUGUUGUACCAGCGGCUGCUGGGGGACAAUUCCACCGACAAGUGGCACUAUGCCACCGGGCACUGGCAAUCGAAGUACGAGACAUUCGAUUUUGAGUCUGCCCAGCGGAAGGCCGCUGAGGAUGACAUUUUGGGUGGCCAAGCUGGAUCGACUCUUGAGCGCUACUUGGAGGACACGGUGCGCAUGGAGUGGACCAUACCGGCUGUGACCACAAUCGAUUCCAAAGAUUAUAUGCUUCAUGCAAUCUUAGACAACCAGAAAAAGUUCAACGAGAACUCUGGAUUGCCACCUUUUCAUUCUAUGUUCGGCAACCGCGAGGAGUUCUCGGACACUGAGCUGGAUGCUCUCCGCUCAGCAACACAGAGCUCCUUGUCCCACGAGGUUCUGAUGUCCCCGGGAGAUGUCAUCGUGCUUGACAACUGGAAGUGGGCACACGGAAGGAGGCCGUAUGUGGGACAUCGCGUGCAUGGCAGUGUCAUCUCCGAUCGGCGGCCAAGGUCCACCACCCCGAAGGGGCGAGAGGAGCUUUGA